AUGUACAAGCCGCUCAAGCCAAGAAUCGGUGGAAUUGGUGGUGAAAACGGAAUGAAUGAGGCCUCACAUCAACCAAAAAUCCGCAACGCAGUGUUCACUCGCGUCACGACACCGCGAAACAAUCCCCUUCCCACAAGAACAUAUCCACGUUCGAUCAUUCAUCACAAAGAAUCACAAAUGGAUCAAAUAAAUCAAAACAAGACAUUUAAUGUGGAAGAUGUGACAGAUGUGGUGAAGGAUGAUGAUGGAUUCACUUGUGUCUUUAUUGGGGAUCAAGGUGAAAGGAUACGAUUGAGAUUACCCACUGAAGUCAGUGCUCGCCUUGCGCAACUUCUUGUCAAAGCAUCAAAACAUCCGAACUCCAACGAAUCACAAAAAGCUCUUCCACUCAAUGAAACCUUUCAAUGCACAAUUUCAUCAAGUGAUCCGAAAGAACGAGAGAAUCAAAUCACUCCACCACCUGCUCUUUACUCAAUGAAGAAUCUAAAAAUAAAUGGAAAUCAACGAUCACCUGAGAACAUGAAUCCAAAUCAGAAAUCGAUUCGAUCCCUUGAUGCAACAAUUCAGAAAUUGACAGCUUCUGCUGAGCAAAAGAAAACCAUCUCAGUCAUCACUCCACGCACCUCGAUUCUACAAAGUGUAAUCACCGAGAAUUUCCUGAGAGCUGCUGAGCCAUGUUCUUCAUCAAAAUGUCGUCGAUCACUUGAUGGUGGAAAACAUUUGGUUGACGGAUCGCCGAUGCCACAAACGAAGCCAGACCUCGAUGAAACUCCACUAGAAAGACGAAAAAGCCAUUCACCGAUCAACAUUGAAUCAAUUGAGCCAAAACUUCAACUAGCCGAUCAGAAUAUGGAACUAUCCGCCUCGUUCUCCGAGCAACAAGAUGAAAUGAGUCCGGAGUUGAAUGGGAAUGCGAUCCCUCGCAAAGCUGAGAUAGCUGAGCAGACACCAAUCGCUCGCAAAGCUGAGAUCGAGCAGACACCAAUCCAUCGCAAAGCUGAGAUAGCUGAGCAGACACCAAUCGCUCGCCCAUCAGAUGAGAAUUUUAACACAAAUCGUCGCCAUCAAAGCGAAGAACCAAAAAUCAAAGAGGAACCAAUUGAGGAAAAUAUUGAGCAAAUAAAAAUGGAGAAAGAAUUUCGUGAAUUAUAUAAACCGACGGAGAAAGAUAUUGAAUUGUUGAAUGAUUUCUGCUCAGAGAUUCAUUACAAUACAGAGAUGACGAUUGAUCCACGAGCCUCCUCCGAGCCGAUCCUUCUCAAGAUUUUCCCUUAUGCUGUGCAUUUUCCUGUGGAUUUCCAACCGAGUUGCAGUUAUCAAGAUGCUUUUCCAUUCUACGAGUCGUUGAAAGAUCCGAAUAUUGAGAAUUUCAAGAACCCGAAGAAUUUCCCGAGAUUGACGCCAGAGAAAUCACGCCCCGAAUUCUCUCUAUUACUUCAAGAGGAAGAGCAUCCAUUCGUAUUCCUCCCAUCUGGUGUGGCAGUGCGAUUGGGAAUCAAUAAUGUGAAUUUCUGGCGCGGCGAAAUGCCAGCCGAGCGGAAUCCUUUCAAUCUCCGUUUGGGUGAUGUCGUUUGGGCUCCAUGGCCACGAAAAGGCAAAAAGGAAUACUGGGCAGCGUAUAUCUUCAACUUUCAAUUACUCGACGUUGAUCGAGAUGGGCACAGUAAAACGCUGUUGUCACAAACGAAAACAGUGCAGGGACACGAUAAUGUUGUUUGCGCUUGGCUAUCGGAACACGGUCAAUACUUGUACAGUCUAGUGCCUUAUCGAGAGAUUCGUCCGUUUGACACCGCUUUUCAUAUAAGAUAUGAGGCCAAGGAAAAGAAAGAGAAAUGGUGUAAGAAUGUGGCACAGGGAAUUGUCGCUACAGGAAAGCUCGGAUAUUGGGAAGAUUUAAUCAGCACAAGAGUUCUCUCGUAUCUCGAGAAAAUGCCUCAAGCAAAACCUCUAUUGAAUGCUUUACCCAAAGAAGUUUUUGACUCAAUCAAAAGUGGAAAUAGAACGAGUUUCCCCUCAAAGAAAGGAAAUCAAUCAGAACAGCAGAAACGAUUGCUCAACGAUAAACUCCUUUAUCGUUGCUAUGAAGUGGCUUUCGAGGGACGCUUUGGAUAUCAACCGGAUAUCUUUGAUAAUAUUGACUGUGGCCAGAAGUUUGUACAUGAUUUGUCUCUUGUAGUGACAACGACAGUUCUUCUCGGCGAUCUUUCGAUUCGACCUCCCCUCUUCAUCCAAAUACCAAAACGAUUGAAAGGGAAUGAUGAAGAACUCUUGAAAUACUUGCACGCUCUCAAAAGUGAUCCGCCUCCUGAUGCGGAUGUGAAAUUGUAUCCAGCUUACCCAUGGCUUCACACCACUCCCAUUGACUCGAAACCCGAUGAGCAUUGUUGUCUUACUGCGUCUCCAGUUCAUCUUUGUAAAUACGAGGAAACCCUUGUCGAGGAAAAAGAAAUGCGAAAAACUGAAGAUACUCUAGAGAAAGCGUCACUUUCACAAGCAGAUUGGCUGCUGGAAAAGUUGACGUUAAAAAGAACGCAUCAAAUUCUUUCAUCUCCUCAAUGGCCUCCACCCCCAACCGGCAGUGCGCGUCUCCUUCAACUUCACCUUAAACCCUCUUGGUUUAAAUUGUUCGAUCCGUUU